GCUGCCAGUCAUUCCUCCUUCAGUAUUCGGAGAGGCUAGACGUCCGUUUGUAUCUGUCGUUUGUGUGUGUGUUUGUGACUAAACGCCAUGGCCCCGAUUCAGAUGUACGCUCCAUCCCCUGUGCAGGAACAUUCCAGCUCAGCGAGUGACCGUAUUGGCACAUUUAGAAGCUUUGAGGAACAUAAUUCGCAAGAAAACCAUAGGCCUACUUUUAGCGAGGACGACCAGUGCUACAAGAUCGUGGUGGACGUGGAGGCCUUCAUGGAGAGCGGCGUGAGGUUCGACGUGGUGAACGAGAACGAGCUAAUCAUCGAGAGCUGCACGGAGAACGGCGAAGGGAACUCCGUCUCGAGGAAGGGCCUCUACCGCCGGUUCCUCUUCCCGAGCCUCGUCAGUGUUGAUACUGUGCGAUCAAUGUUGUCCUGCGACGGCAUCCUUACCAUCACCGUAGCUAAGAAGCACCUGAUUCAAGCAUUGGAGACAUUUCAUAGAUUAAGAAAAAACCCGGAUUGAACACAUGCAAAAUUAGAAAGCUCGUCUCAUGUGCGUUGCUGAACAUUCAAGACGCCGGCGAAUGGACACGCCGGAGAUGAAAAAGUCUUCUUGAGAAAAAAAGAUCUUCUUGAGAAAAUCCUCACGAGAAAUGGGUUUUGUAAUCAUCUUCGCCAGGAGUUGCUGUCGAUGUUAUUUUCCUUGGCAUAUAUCAAAACGCCAAACUGAAAUAUACCGCACUUUCCACCGAAGGUGCGACGACGCCUUGUGCUGAUGUGCGAAAAAGUGCGCCUCCGCAUAAUGCUGGCGAGAGUCAUGUCAAGUACGAUUCAGGUAAAAGUCUAGUCUAAUUAUGGUCUUUGAAAAAAGUAAAUUAAUUACGAAAGUCCAGUCCCCAGUUUCAAGUGCGCCUGAUAACGAACGUUAUUAAGCACAUUAGGCGCAGGCCAGUUCGUUUGUAAUGCAAGGGCAGAGGCAUCUCUUAACGUCCUUUUCAGACUUUGGCCAAAGAAUGACUGAUUUGCAGAAAUUAUUCAUAUAGAAACACUCUAGUAUAGAGGUCUGCACACUUCAUUUUCGAAUUAUAACAUAUUUUUUUUAUUAAAUGUCUUUAUAGGAGAUAAUGCAUUUUUUUUUUUUACAAUGUUGAUAUGGGCGUUCUAUGCUGACACUUACAAUAGUUCAAAAUGCCGAUGACGGUAUUGCUCUAAUAAGACUAAAGUUUACAGCAAAUUCCAUAUACAGUUGGUCCUAGAAAUCUUCAAUAGUCUAAUUCAGAAAGGAAAUAUAUAUACACGUGGAAUCACUUCAGCGUGAGCAUCAGUGCUCUCCUGGUGUAAGAAAAUGUUCAACUAGAUUCGUAUUGGAUUCAUGGAAUUUUGGGAAUGAGGAAACAAAUGCACCCGAUCACUGCAAGACAGAUUCCAGCACAAGUGCCAAUAAACACUUUGAUUGCAGUUGUAAAAUGAUUCGUAUUCCACUGCCUGCAAGGCUUCCUUUACACCCACCCAAUGAUGGCUUUCCUUAAUAAAUGCAAUAAACCCC